AAAUUGGCUCAGCUUGCCCGGAAAGCUGAGCGCAAGCUGGCUUGCUCAACAGAAGUGCUGCUCGGCUCAUCAAUUUUUAGCUGAAAUUGCAUAUUUAUCUAAAUUUAGCUAGACAUUUCGUGAGCCAUUAGCAAGCUGGCUUGCACACCAGCAUACGAGCUCACUAGCUACAUCGCCAGCAUCUUGCAUGGUCAAACUGACGACAACUUGCAGGAUAUAUAUGGCUGAAUUUCACUUUGAUGAAAUAAUCAAGGUCAUUGGUAUCGAUGACAAAAGAUAUGAGAAGGUUUCGCGCAUUGAAGCCCAAUCUGAAGAUGAGGACGUUUAUCUGGAACUAGACGUUCAUAGUCAACUAUAUCGUAUGCUCCAGGGGGAGAAAUUUAGGAUGGUGGUAUCGCAUACUCUCAAUGCAGAUGGUUCAGCAGUUACUGGCCAUAUUUCUGAGGGCAAACAGAAAUCACUUGCGGACAAAUUUGAGUAUGUCAUGCAUGGGCUGCUAUAUAAGAUGUCGGAAGAUAAAGAAAAGCAAAAUGAUGGAAGCAACACUGUUAAAGUGGUGGUAUAUAUUUCUUUUGGUGGGCUUCAGCUGAUGCUGAAAGGUGAUCCCCUGAAAAUGCACAAGUUCAGACUUGAUCAAAGGUUGUUUCUUCUCUUGAGGAAGAUUUGAAGCUUAUUUUUUCGGAAUGCGAGCCUGGUUGAUAUGUAUGGGAAUUCUGGAUGGUUUGUUUUAUUUAUCAUUGUGGUCUCUUUUUAAAGAUGGUGCAGAAAUGAAAAACUCUGGAUUGUGCUGAGGAUUUGGAGCAUUUAAAUCGUAACUUUUUAGCUCAUUCUAGUUUCUUGUGAGCCUUGCAUAGUUGCAUACAACUAUGAAAUGUGGCACAUUGACUUGAAACGUUACCUUCUCUUGUUUUCGUUCUUUUCCUAUAGGCCCGUAAAAGCUUAAUUCUUUGUCCA